AUGGUAUAUCAACGAGGCUUUGUGAGGACAUCAAGAGCUGGAGUUUGGAUAGCUCUUACUAGGGAAACUGUGGUGCGAUUAAUUGAUUUUGACGAUUUAUUAUGGGGAUUGAAAACGGGUUUGUCCGAGUUAAAAGUUGCUUAUUGUACCGCAGGUGGCCCCCUAGCGUUAUAUUGCGGGGAACGCUUUGAUUUGAACGAGGGUGGAAAUGCUAUUUGUUUUUAUAAUGCAAGAGGGGCACCACACCCUGUGAAUUCGCAUAUUCAGUUGAAUAGUAUGGAAAGUGUUUUCUUCAUGUGCUGGAAUGAAUGUACUGAUCAUCUCAUUAUUUUUUUGAACACAGGGGAAGUACGAUUUUUUAAUUUGGCGGGAGAAAUUGUUGCAUCAUCUAUCAAGGUUCCGGUUGGAUUAUUAUGUGUUAGCACAGCAAAUGGAAUCGCUCUAUUGGUUGAUGAUGGGGAGCCUCAUGUGAUUCUAUUGGAAUAUCAUUUUAGUGGGGAAUAUAGAACAAUUUUCUUGAAACUUCCUCAGGUAUUUCAGAACCAAAAACCGACGGUAAUGUUGGCCAUUCCAAAACAAUUUAGUGAUACUGGUUACACUGAACUGUUUAUACCUUUUCUAUCGAAUGAAAAUGUAUCUAGUUUUUGUCAUUGUGUCUUUUAUAAUAAUCCUCGAUGUUUUGACCUUCGUUUAUCUGUGGGUGGAGGUAGUGUGGUUCAUAUGGCACUUUCCCCAAAUGGUCAAUCGAUUGCUUUUUUGGUUCGGGAUGGAACGCUCUGCGUUGCCUCACGCUCAUUUGAAGAUAUUACACGUUUGAUCAAUAUUGAAACGGACGUUAUGCCAGUUCAAUUUCUUUGGUGUGGGGAUAAAUGCAUUACGUAUUUGCAUUUGGCUAGACAAUUUGAUGAAAAUGCUGAGUUCCCAACAAGAUUAACAUUAGUCAAUGUGGAUGACCCGGAUCAGUCAGAGUUUUUGAAUGAUAUCCCUUCUUCCCCAUAUUUUUUUCCGAGUGUGAUGGUAUUCGGAUUUUUUCAUCA